CACAUGGAUGGAGAGAGGGAGAAAGGGAAAGGGAGGGAGAGAGUAAAGUGGACUGACACUGUAUGAGAGAGCAGGCAGCCCGGGUUGAGAGGAGAAGACAGACGUGAAUGCAGAAGGCGAGGACUGACCUUAGUCCUGACCACUGGGAUAGGUAUACACAUACUGGGCUAGCUAUAUACACACUAGACUAGCUAUGCACAUACUGAUCUAGAUAUACAUUUACUGGAUUAGAUAAACAUAUUGGGCUAGAUAUACAUACUGAUAUAUAGAUAUCAACUGAGCUAUACACAUACUGAUAUAUAGAUAUACAUUGGGCUAUAUACACUGAUAUAUAGAUAUACACUGGGCUAUAUACACUGAUAUAGAUCCACUGAUGUAUAGAUAUACACUGGGAUAUACACACUAAUAUAUAGAUAUACAUUGGGCUAUAUACACUGAUAAUUCGAUACACACUGGGCUAUAUACACGGUUAUUUAUAUAUACACUGGGCUAUACACACUGCUAUUUAGAUAUACACUGGGCUAUAAACACUGAUAUUUAGAUAUGCACUGUGCUACACAUGUACACUGAGCUGCACCAAUCUGAGCCCCGCAUCACGCUAUCCGCACCGAGCUCAGCAGAUCCGCAGCGGGUUGCAACAAUUCGCCUCUUGUGCCGAGUUCCCCUUGGUAAAUAGCUAACCUACCAAACACCCGAGCGAAGGGAACAUACAGUUACUGCAACAGAGGAGGCAUCCAGCCACCUGCAAACACCGACGGUCAAUUCGCCUGAGCUUCAGCCUCCCAUACACAGGAGGCACCCAGCCUCCACCCAACUGAUCACCCAGCUUGCGCCCACCCACCCAGGGACACAAUCUCCUUUACCCACAGGGAGACACCAAUCUCCCCCCACCAUUCCCAGGGAAACACCACGGCUGUCACCGAGGGACACUGCGUCCGGCAUGUAGGGGACCUCAAACAAACAGCAAUGGGCUUUUCUUCUGUCACUGUGUAAUAUCAAAAGGAUAUAUUACUGGUUUGCAUCUUCGCUUGUCGUCUUGUUCUUUAAGACAGAUCUUUGUUCUGAGAACUGGUUCUUAACCAUGAAUAUUGAUGGUUCUAAGACCUUUUGGCCAUAUCACCUGUUGUACAGCUCCUGUAUUUAUUCCCCUAGGAAAAGAGAUUGGAGACAAACACACAGCAAUCAAUGUUUUAUACUCUGAUGUACCCAACUGUUGAUGCGAUAAAGGCCUUUUCGUAGAGCAACAUGGUAAACAGCAUGUCACUAAGAAAAGAAAACCCCUGUCUGUAAACAAUUUAAUCCAUCAAUGCGAUGGACCUGAGUUAGUUAUGAUUCCAGGUUUAAACAUAGACCAUGGCCAUGAAUGUUAGAUAUGGACAUCCUAUUGAAGUGUGUGCCGCCUGUUAGAAAUUCUAACUAAAGUUCUGCAUGGGCUAAACAUCUCUAAUUUGGAUUCAUACAUUGUUCACACUUGCGUCAAUUUCUUGAAUUUCAAGUUUCUGGUGAAUACAUAUCUCAUCUUUUGUUUUGCAAUGUCACGCCCAGGCAUUCUUCUGCCAGUCAGUGGGCAGAAUUUUGGAGGUCAAGGGGCUCCACCUCGAGUUGUUGUUUGGGAGUGGCUAAAUGAGCAUGGACGUUGGAGGCCAUAUACUGCAACUGUAUGUCACCAUAUUGAGAACGCCCUACGGGAGGAUGGCCGAGGACGGGUGGCCUUAGGUCAGAUUGACACACAACUUUCACCAUAUGUCAUCGAUCUACAAACCAUGCAUCAGUAUCGCCAGGACACAGUCUCUCACUUUUCUCUUCCUCCGUUAGGGACGGUCCGCCCCGUAAGACGCAGUUUCUUUGAGCCAUCCUCUGCCCCUGGGAAGGGCAUUGUGUGGGAAUGGGAGAAUGAUGCUGGAUCUUGGACCCCUUAUGAUACAGAGAUCUGCAUUGCAAUCCAGAAUGCUUAUGAGAAGCAGCAUCCCUGGCUGGACCUCACAACUCUUGGUUUCUGCUACCUGGUGCAUUUUCACAGCAUGUGCCAAGUCAACCGUCAGACACACCGCAAACGCCGGCUGAGGAGACGGAUGGAUCUGGCAUACCCUCUCACCAUAGGAUCCAUACCCAAGUCCCAGUCUUGGCCUGUGGGAUCAGGCUCAGGGUUACCUUGCUCUUGCACUCAGUGCCUUCUGGUCAAUAGUACUAGAGCAGCUUCUAAUGCCAUUUUGGCAUCCCAAAAAGUCAAGGUUCCACCUGGGCCACCACCAGCUUUGCCACCUCCACCACCUCCCCCUAUACACCAGCCAGGAUUGAGGCAGAGCAGUACAUUCAGUGGUGGAGCAGCAGGAUGGGGUAGAGUGGGUGAAGGUGGACGUUCUGUUGGGAGCAUCAGAAAUGGUUCUGGUUUCUCUCGCAGUCAGAGUGUUCCUGGAGCAGCUCCAUACCCAGGACAGAACAAUCUGAACAGACCUGGAGUGCAGAGGACUAGUGGAAGCAGCAGCAGAGCCUCUAUCCCCCCAGGUGUUCCGGCUCUACCGGUGAAAAACCUCAAUGGGACAGGACCGGUGCACCCAGCCCUGGCAGGAAUGACUGGUAUCCUGAUGUGUGCUGCUGGGCUGCCUGUCUGCCUCACCAGAGCUCCCAAACCUAUUCUACAUCCACCUCCUGUCAGCAAAGAGGACAUCAAACCUGUCAGCGGCAUUAGUGGCAUCUGUCGGAAAACCAAAAAGAAGCAUCUGAAGAAAAGUAAAAACCCAGAAGAAGUUGUACGCCGGUACAUACAAAAAGUAAAGUCACCCCCAGAUGAGGAUUGUACCAUCUGCAUGGAGCGUCUAGUCACUGCAUCUGGCUAUGAUGGAGUUCUUAGCCACAGAGGACUACGUGCUGAGCUAGUGGGAAAGCUGGGAAAGUGCAACCAUAUGUACCAUGUAUUGUGCUUGGUGGCCAUGUAUAACAAUGGCAAUAAGGAUGGAAGUUUGCAAUGUCCCACUUGUAAGGCCAUUUAUGGAGAGAAGACUGGAACACAGCCUCCUGGGAAGAUGGAAUUCCAUGUCAUCCCUCAUUCGCUGCCUGGGUAUCCGGAGUGUAAGACCAUACGGAUAGUGUAUGAUAUCCCUAGUGGCAUACAGGGACCAGAACAUCCCAACCCUGGAAGAAAGUUCACAGCUAGAGGAUUCCCACGCCACUGCUACUUGCCUGAUAAUGAAAAAGGGAGGAAGGUAUUGCGGUUACUAGUGGCAGCAUGGGAUAGACGACUGAUAUUUGCCAUUGGGACAUCCAGCACGACGGGAGAGUCCAAUACAGUGGUGUGGAAUGAGAUUCAUCAUAAGACUGAGUUUGGGUCUAAUCUUACAGGCCAUGGUUACCCAGACCUCAACUAUCUGGACAAUGUGCUGGCUGAACUCAACCUGCAAGGUGUCAGUGAAGAUCGGGCACUGCCCUACUGACCAAAGACCUACAUUUCAUAUCUGCAGGAAGAAAAAUAUAGCACAUGCAGAGCAUUAUUACCCCAAUAAUUCCUUUCUCUGCAGGCUGCUGAACCCCUUCUUUCCAGGUUUUUUUUCCCCUUCAGGUAAAGGACAGGCCUGCCAAAAUGCCUUGUGUGAACUUGAAGCGACAUUAAUUACUGAAAGUGCUGCAGAGCGUCAAAGAGAAUUACAGAAUGUUGCAAGCGAAUCUUGAAAGCUUUGCUGUAAGGGUCUCUUGAUGAGGGGGCAGCGAGCAGUAUGCACUGCAGAGCAUUUGCUUGCAAAGCAUGACACCACCAAACAAAAUGAAAAAAACAAAACAACAACAUACAGGUGGUAUGUAACAAGUGGCAUUAACCAUGGUGGAGAAAACAUUUUGAUGUAAUGAUUGUAAAUGUUAUCAAUAUAUCAAGGAAACCUCAGUAUGGUGAUUGACAGAAUAUUCACUGCUGGUGUCUAACACAGAGUAUUGUCACUGCGGCCCCUUUAUCACACCAGGGAACUGCACCAGUGCUUAGACCCACUUGAUCCAUCCACUUCAAAGUACAGGUCCAAAUAAUCUCCAUCUCUCUUUGCGUGACACAGUGUAUGGUGGAUAGGAUCUGCCUAUGUUAUGCAAAUUAAUAUUAAGGUGUUCAGUGGAAAGGGAAUACAAGGGUGCAAGCUCUCAGCAAUAAGAAUACAUUAGAUGAGCUGCAAUCACACCUGGAAGGGGACAUACUGGAGGGUUCUGGGCAUGAGAACAGUAAAAUGUAACAGAGCUGUUUAUGGAUUUGUAGAAUGUCACAUUUAACAUAUGUAUCUCUU